AUGGACAAGGUGCUAGCAUUUAUCAUCUUGUUAACAAGUACAGCAGUCAAAACAGAACCACCAGUCAAUUCAUAUUUACCACCACAAAAUGGCAACGGUAAUCCAAGCUCAGUUUACGGACCACCUGGAUACCAGCCUGGGAUUCCAAUAGGCCCUGGCAAUGGAAACGGAAAUGGAAACGGAAACGGCGAUAGAAAUGGUGGAAAUGGUAACGGAUACCCUUCUCCAGGAAUAGUAUAUGGACCACCAUCAAAUGGAAAUGGCAACGGUAAUGGGUACAACAACUAUGAUGUAGAUAGCGAUCAACUACCAGGAACUAGCUAUCUUCCACCAAACGGAAAUGGAAAUGGCAACGGAUAUAGUAAUGGUAAUGGUAACGGAAACGGCCAUGGAAAUGGAAACGGUCGUGGGAAUGGUAAUGGAUAUAGCAAUGGUAAUGGAUAUAGCAAUGGUAAUGGCAACGGCAAUGGUAAUGGUAAUGGCAAUGGAAAACCAAACGGCCUUUAUGGUGCACCAAGAAACGGAAAUGGUAAUGGUAACGGAUAUAGUAACGGUAAUGGUUAUAGUAAUGGUAAUGGUAACGGCAAUGGCAAACCAAACGGCAUUUAUGGACCACCUAGAAACGGAAAUGGUAAUGGUAACGGAUAUAGUAACGGUAAUGGUUAUAGCAAUGGUAAUGGUAACGGCAAUGGCAAACCAAACGGCAUUUAUGGACAACCGAGAAACGGAAAUGGAAGGAACGGCAAUGGUAAUGGUAAUGGAUAUAGCAACGGUAAUGGUAAUGGAAAUAACAAUGGUAAUGGCAAUGGUAAACCGAACGGCCUUUAUGGUGCACCCAAAAACGGAAAUGGUAAUGGUAACGGAUAUAGUAACGGUAAUGGUUAUAGCAAUGGUAAUGGUAACGGCAAUGGCAAGCCAAACGGCCUUUAUGGACCACCGAGAAACGGAAAUGGAAGAAACGGCAAUGGUAAUGGCAAUGGAAAUGGCAGGAGCGGUAACGGUAACGGAAAUGGAUCGCCCAAUGGUCUUUAUGGACCACCAAAAAAUGGUAACGGUAAUGGAAACGGCAAUGGUAACGGUAAUGGAAACGGCAAUGGUAACGGUAAGCCUAGUGCUACAUAUGGGCCUCCCUCUACUACCUAUGGUGUUCCUGUAAACGGAAACGGUAAUGGCAACGGUUACAAGAAUGGUAAUGGAAAUGGGUAUACAAAUGGAAAUGGUAAUGGAUAUCCCAGUGGUGGUCCUAAUGGAAAUGGUAAUGGUGAAUCUGAUGAGCCAGCAAAAUAUGAGUUUGAAUACUCAGUCAAAGAUCCAGAAAGCGGUAAUGAUUUUGGACACAAAGAACAACGAGAUGGAGAUUUGGCAACAGGUGAAUAUUAUGUCUUACUUCCAGAUGGAAAAAGACAAAUUGUUACAUACGAAGCUGACACUGAUGGUUAUAAACCGACAAUCAACUAUGAAGGUAAAGGCAAUGGCAAUGGAAACGGCAAUGGUAACGGCAAUGGUAACGGAUAUGUAAACGGCGGUUAUCCAAGCAACGGUAAUGGUAACGGAAACGGUAAUGGAAAUGGCAACGGUAAUAGUAAUGGUAACGGACACGGUAAUGGAAAUGGUAAUGGUGGAUACGCGAGUAAUGGUAAUGGGGGUUAUCCUAGAAAUGGCAAUGGAGUAUACCCUAGCAACGGCAAUGGUAAUGGAGGGAGUAACGGAAAUGGAGGAUACAAGUACUAA